AUGUUUUCAUCCUCGGGAAGCGGCAAGAAGCCGCCGUCCCAACAGGAAAUGAUUCAAGUCGACAGGUCAGAGUCGACCUCGCCGUUUUGGCGUGUCCAGAGAGAAGGCGCCGCAAAGAAGACGAGUAGAGAUCCUAAUAUAGUAGUAGGAGCUUCUUACUCUCAUGCGGACAUGCUUAAGUUCGAUAAUUUGAAUCUCUCUAGCUCCUCAUCCCGACCGAGAUCUCCCCAAUCCUCUUCGCCACAAAGAACUCGAACGGGUGAUAUUAGCUCGCCGCCGCCGAAGCAUUCGUCUGGCCUAUCAUCGCCCCCACUGAAGUCCUAUUUUAGCUUUUUGUCGAAUACGAAUCAAGAUUGGGAUGUUGGAGACCCUGAAGUACCAACCGGAGAAGAUAUGCUUGGAUAUGAAGAUGACGAUGGGGAUGACUUUGGCCUCCCAAGUUUGUCCAACAUGCAGCGACGGAGUCGACGAGCCGCAGCAGCUCAGACUGGUAGUUCUUCACACAUCCAAUCAACACCUCUAGACGCGGCGCUUAGCCUUCCGCAGAGACGUUAUUCAAAUAGUGCCGACAUAGCCAUAGAACGACCAUCACCCACUUAUCCAAUGCCCAAGAAAAGCGAAGGGAAGAUUCUUAGACCACAAUAUAAAGAUAUUCUAAAAGACCCGGCCAAUGCUCUACAUCUUAUCGAUCACCCCACAGCCCCAGCCAAUGCGACACCAAAGGAAACCGAUGCAAUUAACUCUCGUAUAACUAAGAUUAACAAGUUCAAAAAGAUUCUUCAGGCUAGUACUAUACCAUUAACGGAUCUUAGAGCCUUAGCAUGGGGUGGUGUUCCUGAAGAAGUCCGGGCUAUGACGUGGCAACUCUUGCUGAGCUAUUUGCCAACUAGCAGCGAAAGACGCGUUGCGACACUGGAACGGAAGCGGAAAGAAUACCUUGACGGAGUGCGUCAAGCUUUUGAACGGGGUGGCACAAAUCCUGCUUCCAGCGGUCGGUCUAGAGGUCUUGACGAAGCAAUAUGGCAUCAGAUUAGUAUUGAUGUUCCCAGGACGAAUCCCCACAUCGAACUCUACAGUUAUGAAGCGACACAGCGAUCCCUAGAACGGAUACUAUACCUCUGGGCAAUUCGACAUCCCGCAAGCGGCUACGUACAGGGUAUUAACGACCUGGUAACUCCUUUCUGGCAGGUUUUUCUAGGCGCUUACAUUACGGAUUGUAAUAUCGAAAGCGGCAUGGACCCGGGGCAAUUGCCGAAAGCAGUGCUCGAUGCGGUGGAAGCCGACUCUUUUUGGUGUCUAACAAAAUUACUCGACGGAAUCCAGGACCAUUACAUCGUCGCCCAGCCUGGCAUUCAACGACAAGUUGCUGCGCUUCGGGAUCUUACCGCUAGGAUCGAUGAAGGACUCGCAAAGCACCUUGAAAACGAAAAUGUCGAGUUCAUCCAAUUUAGUUUCCGCUGGAUGAACUGUCUCCUCAUGAGGGAGAUCAGCGUACGGAACACUAUUCGGAUGUGGGAUACAUAUCUAGCCGAAGAACAAGGUUUCUCAGAAUUUCAUUUAUACGUGUGUGCGGCAUUCCUGGUGAAAUGGUCGUCCAAACUAGUCAAAAUGGAUUUCCAGGAAAUAAUGAUGUUCCUACAGGCAUUGCCCACUCGGGACUGGACCGAGAAAGACAUAGAACUUUUGCUUAGCGAGGCCUACAUUUGGCAAAGCCUAUUCAAGAAUUCCGCUGCUCAUUUAAGGGGAGGUCCGAGUCGAGCCCCGACUAAUCUACAAUUAUAG